AAUUCUUGCCGCCCUUCACGACCUCGUCCAAACGCCGCCCUUCACGACCUCACGACCUCACGACCUCGACCGAACGCCUUCACGACCUCGACCGAACGCCGUCCGAACGACGGAAUGACCUCGCCGGAAUCUGAAAUCAAUGCCGCCCUUCACGACCUCGACCGAACGCCGUCCGAACGACCGAACGGCCUCACCGUAGCGAAAGCGACGACCUCCCUUUUUGGUNAGUUCGGGAAUGUUAAGGGUGAUAUGUCGAUCGAGUUCGAUUUGCAGCUGCAGGGUGAAGAGCUGUUGGUGUUGGGGGAGAGGAGCAAAGUCGUAAGGGAUAUGAAUGCGCUGCCCUGGAAAGGGGGCAGAGAGGAAACCGUGGACUACGAGUUUCUGAGGGCCGAGCUGUGGAAGAUUGCGGUGACCAACGGGCAGGUCGUUCUUCUCUUCUGCCAGAUGUGUGGGUGCCCGAUGUCGAAGCUCGAGGGGUGGGGCCCCGCUAAACUGGGCGGCGUCACAAGAAGGAGUUAUUGCAGAGGUUCUUGCAGUUAUGCAUUAGCUGGGAUGAGGCUGCACUGGUUGUGGCUCAGAAGCUUUCAAGGGCGAUAUGAAAAUGCAUCCAACAGUGCUCAUGUUAAUGCUCACCUUGCUAUAUCGGUUGUUAUUCGUGGUGUUAGCGAGCUUGUAGUUAAGGAACUCACUAGCUAG